CACAGACUGGUGUCAGAGAGGGUGAGGAAAGCUUGCUAACGGCAACUGAUCUGAGUUGAGGUGGAGUAAAUAGUGAGAAAGCAAUUAAAUACAUGCUGGAACUGUGGGAAACUGAGCAUGGCAAUGAAACUGUAGUAACUGGGGAAAUUAUGUGAAGUUCAUACAGGAAACAGACUGGGAAGAGUCUAGGAAAAAAUGGCUUUGGGAAUCUUAGGCUUGUAAUGGAUAAUGAUUGGUGACCUAUACUCUGAGUUGAAAAUAGAGAAGUCAAUAAAGAACUGAUUGUAAUUGCGAUGUGUGCAACCACAACAUCACUUGACCGGCAUUGGAGGCCAAUUCUCUGGAUGCUUUCAAGAGAGAGUUGGAUAGAGCUCUUAAAGAUAGCAGAGUCAAGUGAUAUGGGGAGAAGGCAGGAACAUGGUACUGAUUGUGGAUGAUCUGCCAUGAUCACAGUGAAUGGCGGUGCUGGCUCAGGGCCGAAUGGCCUACUCGUGCACCUAUUGUCUAUUAUCUAUUGUCUAUUGACCCAUAUUCUUCUUUUCAGAUGGUCUUGAAGAAUACAGUCAGCGUUGAAGAUUUGGUCACUUCAUCAUGUUCAAUGGGAUAGCGAAUAAAACUCAGGAGGAUGGCAGCUCACCAUACAAUUAUUUGGCCCUCCUGUUUGGUACCCUGCUCAUUGUGGCCACCAUGCUGGGUAAUAUUCUGGUGUGCCUCAGUGUGCUUCUCAAAAGGUCUCUGAAGACAGCAACAAACUACUUCAUUGUCAGCCUGGCUGCAGCAGAUCUACUUCUGGCAAUUCUUGUUCUGCCUCUCUACGUGUACACUGAGUUUCAUGGGGGGAUUUGGACGUUGAACAUGUUCCUGUGUGAUGCGUUAAUGACGAUGGAUGUGAUGCUUUGCACAGCUUCCAUUCUCAACCUAUGUGCCAUUAGUGUGGACAGGUACAUUGCAGUGAUGGUGCCCCUCAAGUACAACAGGAAUCAAUUCAGCGCUCGGCAACUGAUCCUCAUCGCGGCCACUUGGCUCCUGUCCUUCGGCGUCGCUUCGCCCGUCAUCUUCGGGCUCAACAAUGUGGCUGAGCGAGAUACGACGACCUGCAAGCUGGAGGACGGCACGUUUGUAGUUUACUCCUCCAUCUGCUCCUUCUUCAUCCCGUGUCCGGCCAUGCUCUUCCUCUACUACGGCAUGUUCCGUGGGCUCCGACGCUGGGGGUGAAGCCCGAGGUCCGGCAGCGGGACAGGGACCGGGACCCGGACGCUCUCCUUUCGCCUCACGGUCACCGGAGCCAAGGCAGGAGCUGGCACGCAGCUGGUGGCGGAUGCCGAUCCCAGCCCCGGCCCCGGUCUGCAGGGAGCGCUGGUCACGCCGCAGCUGGACAGCACGUCGGACAUGGAGUCCCCCGAGGCGGCCAACCCGAGGGAGAACGGGUGUGCGGCCAGUACGGGGGCCGGGCCGAAGAGCCGCAGGGUCAGCAGACGGGAGAGGAAGGCGAUGAAAGUGCUGCCCAUCGUAGUAGGGGUGUUCUUGGCUUGCUGGACUCCCUUCUUCGUGGUCCACGUGCUGAAGGUUUUGUGUGAGGUCUGUGCCAUUGGGCCCACUCUGAUCAGCAUCGUCACCUGGCUGGGUUAUGUCAACAGUGCUGUCAACCCCAUCAUCUACACCGUCUUCAACGUUGAGUUCAGGAAGGUUUUCCAGAAGCUGCUGCGCUGCCAAACGUGAAGAAGCCUCGUGGAUGGUGGAACUGUGGCUGUUGCUUCGGG